AUGAGUCAGAUAUUUUGCGUUCUACGCCACAAAACGGAACCAUCUUUGUCAUCUCCAAAAAGAACCAUUACCAUGAAGAUAAAGAGGGCAAGGACACAUCAAACAAAAAUUGUGAUAUCCGUCGCCCUGAAGAUAGCAAGCAAUGCCCACCUGAUCCACAAUACGGUAGGCGAUAUGGAGUACAUGCUUGAAUACCAUGAAAUUGAUUUUGAUUCGGUGAUGGAGAUUAUGGAGCAGACUUCUAACUUUGUCGCAUGCACUACUAUGACGCUCGAUGAUCCCACAAGUAAAAAUCUUGAUAUAAUUGUUAAGAUAUAUGAUCACAACCUAGACGCUUUCCCCAGAAUUUACCUAGACGUCUAUAUCAUGAAAGCUAAAUUUGGAAAUUUUUGA